AUGCCACCGAAAGCCAGUGGUAAAGCAGUGAAGAAGGCGGGCAAGGCUCAAAAGAAUAUCAGCAAGACCGACAAGAAGAAGAGGAGGAAGAGGAAGGAAAGCUAUGCUAUCUACAUCUACAAAAUGUUGAAGCAAGUGUAUCCCGAUACUGGUAUUUCGAGCAAAGCCAUGAGUAUCAUGAACAGCUUCGUUAACGAUGUUUUCGAGAGAAUUGCUGCCGAAGCGUCGAGGUUGGCGCAUUACAACAAAAGAUCGACGAUCACGUCCCGUGAGAUACAAACCGCAGUCAGGCUCCUUUUGCCUGGAGAAUUGGCCAAGCACGUAGUCAGUGAGGGAACUAAAGCAGUGACCAAAUAUACUAGUUCCAAGUGAACAUUUCAUACAUACAGAUUGCGUAUAUACAUAA